ACAUAAGUAUGUGGGCCGAGUUUUAACUUAGCUAGUUAGCUAGCUGCUAGCCUGGUACACGUUUCAAAUGUAGUCCAAUAGUUGCGCCACAUGUUGUAUCUUGUGGAUGGUUCUUGCCCAGAGACUUUACAAUAAGUUCCCACACACCAAUUCUCCCCGAGAGGCAGAACAAUUCCGUCAUAUAGAGGGAGCUGCCCCAGUUUGUGAUUGGAGGACGUCCUGCCACGUGUCUCUACUAUGCCACAGGAGCAUAUUUGAUUACCUGACAGGUCGCUCUGUAGGGCGGCCGAGGGAUCCCGGAAAGGUUUCGGCUGCAGCUGCUGAGUGAACAUCUGCGCCCUUGGAACUUUUUAAUGCAUUAAGUUGGGACUGCUUAUUUUUUGUUUACAAACCAACAUGGCUUCCAGCUCAUUCGACAUCGACGCGCCGCGAUGGGAUCAGACAACGUUUAUGGGCCGACUGAAACACUUCUUCAACAUCACAGACUGUCGAACGGCACUUUUACCAGACUCACGCCUGGAUGAGGCCAAAGCUUUAGUAGAAAGCUGCAGGGCAGGAUCCCUCCCUCCCGGCACCACAGAGGAGCAGCUCCACUACGCUAAGAAGCUGUAUGACUCGGCCUUCCACCCAGACACGGGAGACCGCAUGAACCUCAUCGGCCGCAUGUCUUUCCAGGUCCCAGGAGGCAUGGCCAUCACCGGCUGCAUGCUGCAGUUCUACAGGACAGUUCCUGCUGUGGUGUUCUGGCAGUGGGUGAAUCAGUCCUUCAACGCUUUGGUCAACUACACGAACCGUAACGCUGCCUCCCCCAUCACGCCCAAACAGAUUGGUGUUGCCUAUGUUACAGCAACCAGCACGGCGCUGGCAACAGCAGUGGGACUCAACCUCUACACAAAGAAAGCUCCUCCACUCGUCGCUCGCUGGGUCCCGUUUGCAGCCGUGGCAUCAGCCAACUGUGUUAACAUUCCUAUGAUGAGGCAACAGGAAAUUCUGAAUGGCAUCGCUGUGACAGACGAAAACGGCAACAAGCUGGGUCAAUCCACGAAAGCAGCAGCAAAAGGCAUCACUCAGGUGGUCAUCUCUCGGAUCACCAUGGCUGCACCAGGAAUGAUCAUUCUCCCCAUCAUCAUGCAGAGGCUGGAAAAAUACAAGUUCAUGCAGAGAAUCACGUUUCUCCACGGACCCAUUCAAGUGAUGCUGGUGGGAGGGUUUUUGAUCUUCAUGGUGCCCGCUGCCUGCUCCCUGUUUCCACAGAGAUGCUCCAUGGCUGUGUCCAAGCUGGAGCCCGAGCUGCAAGACUCCAUCAGGUCUCAGUAUGGAGACACUAUACAACGUGUUUACUUCAACAAAGGCCUCUAA